UGUAGAGUACAUAAACACGCAAUGGUCAUUACAAUUUCGAAAAUAGAUUAUUCCAAUUGUUAAUCGCAGAUAAAUAUAUAGUUUAUAUUGGAAAUGGCGUAUUCUUGCAUUGUGCAGUGUUGUGGAAAUAAUCGUUCAAACGUAAAAAUUUCUGAUGAAUAUAUCAGUUUUUUUCGUCUGCCUGAUGUUGACGUGAUGCGUGAAGGUUGGCUGAAGAGAAUUGGGACGGUAAAAAUGCCGGCAAACCACCAACAUGCUAGAAUAUGUUCGAUUCAUUUUACCGAACAAUCAUUCGUGAAUCCUGCUAGCGCUGAAAUACAAACAGCAACAAGGAAUAAAAGACGUAGGCGCCUUGUACCUCAUGCAGUUCCUACGUUGUAUCUGACAGAAGAUAGUAAUUCGAGAGUAAGAGAACAGUUGGAUUUCAAAAUUAUUCGUAAAGAAUUUGUACUUCGUACGCAAAGUUCAGUGUCAAAGAAAAAACCGCCCGAUGCUGAAGAAAUUAGCUGUGAACAAGACAAACUCAAUGUAUCUGCAUCGAACCAGAGUCCUGAAAUCGUUUCUCUCUUUACAACUCCGACGCUACGUGAGAAACUUUCAGAUCAAUUCGCUGAAAAUAUGAUACCGAAAUCGUUGUAUAAUACUACCGAGUGCAGUACAAGAUACCAGGUAGAUGAUACACCAAUUGAUGAGAACACAAAACAUGACGUGAGAGCUGUAGCAACAUUUCCCAGGAGUUGUAGUUACACCGUGAAAGAAGAGAAACGUGAAUCUGUCGGCGAAGAAGGAUCUCCAGCAUGGAAGCGAACGAAACAAUUUAUUACUGAGCACCUCGUCGAAAGAAAAACUGCAAAUGAGGCAAAGCCUACCGAAGAAGACCCUGAAACAAGAAUUAAAUCGCCCAUUGAACAAAUUAAUUAUCUCCAAACGCUUGUUCAAUUCUACAAGAAUUCAAAGACCAAAGACGAGGGGGAAAUUGAACAACUUCGGGCUCAAUGUGCAGCAUAUGCUCUUGACUUGAAAAAGGAACAGGAUGAAAAGAACAAACUGUUUGUCGAAAUCAGUGAAUUGCAGAAGUUAAAUGAGAAACUGUAUACAAAACUGGGAUCAGCGGAAAUCGAACAGAAUGCAUGCAAACAACAACAGAAAAGUAUUUUACAUUCCAUCCUGCAAUCCUAAGUCACGGAAGGACAAAUUCGUUACAUUUUAGAAGGGUGUAAAUGGGUCAAUUGAUCCAUUGUGAUUUUGCUGCGCUAUUUCCCUACAGAGUGUGAACCCAAAAGCUUAUAGAUACUUGAGGAAUAAAUUGGAUUUUCCAUUCCCUUCACUAUCGUCACUGUGAAGAUGGGCUUUAACCAAGUUCGUCAUAUCUGAAGGAUUUAUCUCAGACGUUUUGACAGUGAUGGGUGAAAAAAGCAAAGUAUUGACACCCAUGGGAAAAAUUGCGGUGUUAACUUAUGAUGAGAUGGCUUUUACACUGGAAAUAUGGUUUGACUUGAGACUGGAAAAAAUGGUUGGUCCUUGUACGAAAGUUCAAGUCAUUAUGGUUCGUGGACUCUUUAAUAACUGGAAAAAACUGAUGUAUUACAAAUUUGAUCAACCAAUGAAUAAAUUAAUAUUAAAUGAAGCCUUAUCACUGUUCGACCUAGCCGGAUAUGAAGUAGUCGCCUGCUCUUGUGAUAUUGGUAAUAAAGGAGUUUGGGGAGAGCUUGGCAUAAACAGUGAUACUCACUAUUUUCCGCACCCUACGAUUAACAACGCGUUUAUACACACUGUCACUGAUGUUUUACACCCUUAGAAACUAUUACAAAAUUAGUAUGUGGAUGACUAAUUAAUUUAUCUGGUUGUGGUGAAGACAGAUAUUGACUAUGAUAUGCUCUUUAAUGUAUUACCUAUAACAGUAUAAGUAUAUUAAUGGACCUGCGUAUAUUAUUAACUCAUUCU